AUGGCUAAGUCCAUACUUGAUAGGCAAAAUAAUCUUGAGACCGAGCGACGAAACUCAAUCGCUGUUGAGGCUCAGUGUUCUCACGACCAUCAGGAUCUAGGGUUUAAAUUACCUCAAAUUCAAAUAUCUAAAUUUGAUGGUGCAUAUUUCCGCUGGCUUGAAUUUCGUGAUACCUUUGAAAAUUUAAUUCACAACAAUGAUCGUAUAAAACCUAUACACAAAUUUCAUUAUCUUAUAUCCUAUCUGGAAGGGGAUGCAGCCCGGAUUAUAUCCAAUCUGGAAGUGUCUUCGAUUAAUUAUGCGAAGGCCUGGCAGCUUCUCGGAGAUCGUUAUAAUAACAAAAGAUUAUUAAUUAAUCAUCACUUAAGUUCUUUGUUUAAUAUACAAGCUCACACCCGAGAGUCUGAAAGGUCUUUACGCUUUUUGGUUGAUCAUGUGACUAAGAACUUACGUGCCUUGGCUAGCUUAGGCCAGCCGACUGAUAGAUGGGAUAUCUUGAUAAUUUUUAUGUUGUCCUCUAAGCUUGACAGCCGGACUCUGAUGAAGUGGGAGGAGUACCGUAACACUCUCGAUGAUGUCCCGACUUUGGAUCAAUUUCAUAAAUUUUUAAUUGAUCGUGCUGAUGUCUUAGAGGCACUGAAUCGUAAUAAAUAUGAUAAUAAUGUUAAAUACUUACCGGUGAUCUCACGGCCGGCGCCCUCUGCACCUACCCCUAGUAAUAACAGUAACAAUAAUCAUAAACGAAAUAAUCAUACAAAAUCAUUUGUAGGUAUUAAUCAAAAAACAAAAGGCUCUUUAAAUUCAAAUCAAGUCAAGUCAUUCACUUCUGUGUGUAUUAUAUGCAGCGAAAAUCAUAAGGUUUUUGAAUGUCCUAUCUUUAUUAAAAAGGGCAUCCAAGAUAGGUUAGCAGACGUGACCAAAUACAAAUUGUGUGCCAAUUGUCUCAGGCAAGGCCACCCAGUAAGCGAGUGCCGCUUCGGUCCGUGCCGAGAGUGUAAGCAAAAACACAAUAGUUUGUUGCAUGAAUCUAAACAGAGUGUUGUCAAUAAUUCAGUUGUUGUAAGCUCAGUCUCGUCUGCGGCUAAUGUUUCCAAUUUAGGGUCCAGUCAAGUACUUCUCUCCACAGCGGUUAUCGAAGUAGUGAACCCUAGCACUAAUGAAAAGGAAAAGGUCCGUGCCCUAUUAGAUUGUGGUAGCGAGUCCUCCUUUAUCACGAAAUCUUUAAAAGAAAGAUUGUCAUUAAAAUCAUACCCCAGUGACUGUCUAAAGGUCAUAGGUAUCGGUAAUAAUCACAACAAUAACAUAACUGAAAGCUGUAUCGCUCAAAUAAAUUCAUUAAAUGAUUCAUUUAAAGUUAAGUUAUCAUGCUUUGUUCUAAAGGAGCUUACAAGUAAUAUACCUAAAUGCGCGAUAGAUAUUAAAAAUCUUAAUAUUCCUAAAAAUUUACCAUUGGCAGAUCCUGAAUUUAAUCACCCGGCUUCAAUUGAAGUUUUAAUUGGAGCAGACAUUUUCUGGGACCUCUUGGGUAGUGAACACCACUCCUUGGGGCCUAAAAAUCCUCAUUUGCGAAAUUCAAGGUUAGGCUGGUUAAUAUCAGGUCCAAUUAAUGUUCCCAAUAAACCAUUUCUUACCCCAAAGGAGCAAGAAUGCAAGAAACAUUUCAUGACUCACACUGUACGCUUGAGUAACGGCAGGUUUGAAGUCAAAUUGCCUUUAACCGAAUCUCCUGAUUGUCUCGGGGAUUCGUAUAAUUUAGCGAAAAAACGUUUCUUAAAUUUAGAACGCAAAUUCAAGCGUAAUCCGGCGUUAAAGUCUAAAUAUUCGGAAUUUAUUCGUGAAUAUGCCGAGUUAGGGCAUCUCAGUGAGUCAGUAAUUGUAAAACCAGUCCCAGAUAUCAUUAAAGAAGAGUGGAAUAGUUUUGCUGACAACUUACCUUUUAUUCAAGGUUUGAAUAUAACCAGGCCAAUUAUAUGUGACUCACCAAAAUCAAUUGAAAUGCAUGUUUUCAGCGACGCCUCACAAGUCGCCUACGGCAGUUGCGUUUAUAUGAGGUCUGUUGCUGCAAACGGUGACGUCACUGUAAAACUUUUAUGCAGUAAGUCUAAAAUCUCACCUGUGAAGCCCACGACGAUAGUACGUCUCGAGCUCUGUGCCGCACUGCUGGCUGCGAGGCUCAGCAAAGCUGUACUGGACUCGCUGCGUUACAAACCUGAUCGCGUGCUUUACUGGUCUGACUCGAGCAUAGUUCUGGCUUGGCUGAAAAAUAAUAUAACACAGUUAAAAUCAUUUGUGGCAAAUCGUGUCACAGAAAUAUUAGAAAUAACUUACCCAUCAACCUGGCGUCAAGGAACGAGUGUGGCCUAUAAAUGGAAGGCGACUCGCUCGGCGCACGGUAGACAACUGCACGCGCUGCCGACGCGUUAG